AACAAUUGAUUCUAUAUUCUGAUAUUCUCCUUGUGUAUUUAACUAUCAGUUUACAUUGAACCACUGUUCUGCAUCAGUUUGCAUACACUUGUGUAGUGAAGUUAUUGUUGGUUUUAGCCACUAUUAUCUGACUAAGGGUAUUAUAAUACAAUCUGAACACUAGUAGUACAUCAUAUUUUCCAAUAUGAACUAUAAAUAUGUACCAACAGCGGUGAUGUCGUCGGUCCACUGUGUGGUGGUGUGGGAGUGGCAGAGUGGCGGCCAGUGGCUGCCGCACACGCCUGCAGUGACGCGCACCCUGGAGCGAGCCCAUGCUAAGAAGCUGACGAGGGUUGUAUUAGCAGAUGCCGAUCCAGCGCUCAGAGGGCACUAUGUCAAUUUGAGAACACUUACACAAUGUUUGGAUACUCCAGAGGGCGGGUCGGCGGAGUGCCUGGUGCGGCGCUCGUGCUACGGCGUGGGCUCGCCGGCCGGGCGCGGCGUGCGCUGGGAGUGGGCGCGCUUCACCGCCGCGCCGCACGCCGCCGAGCUCAACUACGAGCCGCUGCCCAUGGAGGUACUGCGACCNGAGAGACUGCAGCACUGCUUAAGUCUCGAUCGAAUCAAAGGCCUUUUCAUAGUCCAAGAAGAGCACCACCACGCUUCUAUCCCAUGCCUCUGGCGUUGUUCCCUGAAGUAA